GAGCUGGAAACCAUAAUUAAGUCUAUGAAAAAACCGGGUCGAAUGGUUAUGCCGGUGUUCUACCAUGUUGAUGCAUCAGAAGUGCGAGAUCAGAUCGGAAGUUGUGAAGUAUUUUUGAGUCAUGAAAGAGACGCCGAGGAGACGAAGGAGAAGGUGAAUAGAUGGAGGGCCGCCCUGAGGGAAGCAUCCAAUCUAGUGGGAUGGCCUCUUCACAAUCACAGGGGACAGAAGAAAUUCAAAAGAUACAGUUCAGCAGUGCAGGUUUCCCGAAAAUGCCCAAAUCAUAUUCCCUAAUGCAUCUUCCUUUGAAAUCUUUGCCACCAAAUUUUCCUGGAGAUAGCCUUAUUUUACUUGACUUGAGUCGUAGCAACAUAAGACAGCUCUGGAAGGGGAAUAAGAUUCUUGGAAACUUGAAGGUCAUGAAUCUCAGUUAUUGUCAAAAUCUCGUAAAAAUCUCAAAAUUUCCAUCUAUGCCAGCAUUGAAGAUUCUAAGUCUUGAAGGGUGCAAAAAGCUUAGGAGUCUUCCAAGUAGCAUUUGUGAGUUGAAAUGCCUUGAAUGUCUCUGGUGCUCUGGCUGUUCAAACCUAGAGGCGUUUCCAGAGAUCACAGAAAAGAUGGAAAAUUUGAAAGAGCUUCAUUUGAAUGAGACAGCUAUAAAAGAGUUACCUUCAUCAAUUUACCAUUUGACAGCACUUGAAUUUUUGAAUUUGGAACAUUGCGAAAACCUUGAGAGUCUUCCAAGUGGUAUUAGUAAGUUGGAACACCUUAAAAGUAUAUGUUUAUGUGCCUGUUCAAAACUAAAGAGCUUACCACCAACACCAGGAAGAUGGAAUAUUUAAAAGAUCUUUAUCUGGAUGAGACAGCUAUAAAAGAGCUACCUACAUCAAUUGGAUAUCUGGAAGAGCUUGAACAUUUGGAUUUGUCAUUUUGCAAUGAUCUUGUGAGUUUUCCUGCUAUUAACAGUCAACUUUGUGGGCUAAGAUUCCUUGGUUUGAGUCACUGCAAGAGGCUUCAAAGCCACCCUGAGCUUCUAUCAAGUAUAGAGUAUGCAGAUGCACACCAUUGCACCUGCUUGAAGACUUUGCCGUUUCCAUCAUUGUCGCCAUGGAAGAGGCAGACAUGGCCUUCUGUGUUCAAUUAAUACAAAUGGGAAAUUCAGGGGUCGGAAUCGAGGAGCUGUUUGCCUUGUGCAGAGAAUGAACCACCUUCAUGUGUCAGCAGAGAAUUUGAUAUUUUCAUUUCUGGAAGUCAAAGAAUUCCAGAGUGGAUAAGUUGUCAGAUGGGAUGUGCAGUAAAAACAGAGCUUCCUAUGAAUUGGUAUGAGCAGAAGGGUUUUCUCGGUUUUGUUUUAUGCUCGGUCUAUGUUCCACUCAAUGCUGCAUCUGGCCAUGAAUCUGAGAAUACGUUUGAUGAUAUAUCUCAGAAUGAAUAUGCUCAUACAUCUAAGAAUGAAUCUGAGGAUGAAUUUGAGAAUUCCCCAGUUGGCGCAACACACACUUGUCGUUUAGAA